UCUCAGCAAAAUAAAGAGUGAAAAUACAUUUACGACAUAUUACAGUAUACAUUUCAGAUAUGCUUCUGAAUUUCUGUCUGAGGUGAAAUACAGGAAAUGUUUUUUUAACAGAAUAUAGUUGGCAUAGGACAAUACUUGGGAACACGAAUAGGUCACCUGACCGGAUGAAAACGUCAGAAGUAGAAAUGGUCCAACUGUGAAAGUGGACACCAGUUUCUGUUUUCGUCAGCGCCCCUCCUUUCACAGACUUCACGGCCAGUAUCUGAGAAGAAACGGGAUACCUGCAGCUUUUUUUCCGCCCUUCUUUUUCCACACAAAGAGGGGAAAAACAACAUUCAUGCUAAACGAGCUCGGUGGUACCGCCCUGCUGGGCGUGGGGAUCUGGGUAAGUGUGGACAGGAUGUCCUUCCUGAAGGUGCUGGGGCCCUUCUCCUCGCAGGCCACACAGUUUUCCAACGUGAGCUUCUUCUGCAUUGCUCUCGGCGCGGUGCUCAUCCUCUUGGGCUUUCUGGGCUGCUGCGGGGCCCAGAGGAACAGCAAGUGCUUGAUGCUCGCGUUCUUUGUUAUACUCCUGCUCAUUUUCAUUGCCGAAGUCGGGGUUGGAAUCAUGGCGCUGGCUUAUUCUUCAUUCACGGAGAGCAUCCUGAGGGCAUGGGCAAUUCCAGCGCUGAAAGGGCAGUACGGCAGCGACCCAGCCGUUACAGAGAUAUGGAACAUCACCAUGACGGAGUUGAAAUGCUGCGGUUUCACCAACUAUACAGACUUCACAGACUCUCUGUACUACACUCAGAAUGGUAAAACAUACCCUCCAACUUGUUGCACGGAUAACACCUUGGACUGCAGCCUGAAUGAUGCAGCGAACAGCACCGUCAAGGGGUGUUUUUAUCAACUGCUGUCCAUCCUGGAGAAUAAUGCAGGCCUUAUUGGGGGAAUAGCUGCUGGCAUAUCUAUUCUUGAGCUGACGGCUAUGUUUGUCUCCAUGUACUUAUACUGUGACCUGGACAAAAAUAUCCGCUAAAGGAAUUCUCAACAGGACAGUUUCCAUCCUCAGGUUAUAUGCAGAAGCAGAUUUCUUCUUCUUUUCCAGAUAACUGAAAAAAAUACUGGAUUAUUCCAUUUUGAAAUAAUCUAGAGUAACAGAGUAUUUCACAGAUUUUUUGCCUUAGAAUGCCUCUCAAGGAUGCACAGUUAAUCAUAAUUGAUCACUGUAUCUGAAAGUCUAAUUCUUCUGUUGUGGCUGAGCAAUUUCAAUAGAGAAUAACUAUAGUAUUUUGCUCAGCAUUUUUAACAAUUUUACUAAAUUUUUCAAAGUGCCAAACAGCCGUUUCAUCUGGGAA